CCGACCACCAUGCAGGGUGCCGAGGCACUCGAAGCGAUUGUGGGCCACCGCGUCCGGCUGGACGGCGUCUUAUCGGCCAACGUGGCCAUCCAGCAUGCACUCGACUCGUACAGCAGCCAUCCCAUAACGGCGACGGACGCGGCAUUGAAGCAGAUGGACGAGCAGGCAUCGGCGCAGCAGGAGUACAACGAGCUGCAAGACUCUGCAUCCAAUUCCCUCACCACCGACGACAUCCGCCUGCACAUUCGGGAGCGUAGAGCCGCCAUUGGGGCGCUGGAGGCGGAGAAUGCCGUUGCUGAAGAAGCACAAGACCAGGAGCUCUUGAAACGGCUUGCAGAAGUCUAUGAUAGUUUGGCUGACGACAAAUCGAUUCGAAACCCGCCUAAAACGACCCAGGAGCUUGUCAGGUGGCUCAGCGACCAAACCGAUAUCGCGCAAACGAGACAGAAGGAGAUGCUCGAGGCGAUCGAGAGGGCGGACAAGGUUGCUGCGAAUCCCGGGGUACGAGACGUGUUGACUAUGCGUCUAACGCUGCAGGAGGAUAUCAUCCAAUUACGGCUGAAGGCCGCGACAAUAAUGCGGAGAACUGCUGUCGGAAUGCAAGCCAUCGAGCUGGUUAAGGUGGAGACGGCUCAUGCCAUCGCGCGGGCGAGGGGAAUGUGGUUAAAGAGGGACAUUCAGGCCGAGUUUAAGGCUGCUCAAAAGGAGCUGGCCUUUGCGAAACGGAACGCGAAGUCCAAUGGCGUGAAACGGAAAUCCAUUUCGGAGGCCCCUCCAAGUUCUCCCAAACGGCCAAGGCGGGAAGCAGCACCGUCAUUUGGGUCCCCAGGUCCAAGCACAGCUCCGUCAAUGACACCGCCAACGACGACAGCGAUAUCAACGACGCCAAAGCCUUCAACGGCCGCGAAGCCUCCAGCGACAACAAAGACAUCCGCGACUACCAAACCGACAACAACAACGAUCGCAAAGCCAUCGACGACGACGAAAUCGGCGACAAUGGCCAGCACAUCGGCGUCGUCCUCCCUACCUCCAAGGCUGGCGAAGUUGGCAUUGAGUGGCAAGCCACGCACAGCAGUCCCUGCACCCUUGCCUGUUGGCGAGCUACCGACUCCCCCAGUGCCGUUUACGGACUGGGGCGACUUUUACCAAAGCGACGAGAGCCUUUUGGAUAUGGCACAAGCGCAAUCGCGGGCACAAGCGAGCAUGGAUCCAAGGACGGAUUUGAAGCGUUUCCGGGCCUCGUAUGGCCCCAUCGUCGUUAUGAAGCGGCCGUGCGGGAUAUGCGUCAAGUAUGAUCUGCCGUGUCUCUACGUGGACACCGCACAGAACCCGUUCCACCCGCCCGGCAAGCCGCCGCGCUGCAUUGUGUGCCAGGAGUGGAAGUUCCACUGCAACCCCCGCGCGGGAAGCAGCGCAGACCAGGCGGCCCAUGUCCAUGCGGAGCAUAUCGUGGGGUACCAUAAUGCUGCGAUCGCGGCGGGCGAGCGGCCGGGGAUGUGGAUGGGCAAGGGCGUCGCGGAGCUCAAGCUUGUCGGGUCGAAGAGGCUGCGGGUCAAGUCCUAUAACAAGGACGAGUGA